AGCCGAGGCACAUUAGUUUCGGAAGCGAAAGGAAGUGUAGCUAUUAAAUUGUCGUACGAAGCUAUUACUCUUCCGUGAAUAAGCAAUUAUGGCCGAAAACAAGCAUCAUAUCCCAAUAGAAAUGUCACAGCAGGAAGAAUUAUCCUCUGAGUCGAGGCCGCAGUUUGUAAGCCCUGAAACCGAACACUGGGUUUCUGCUGUAGCCCCGGCUGCGAUCGACGAUGAAGGCGACCAACUGCAGUUUGGACAGGCAUUCGAAGAGGACUUUCCGGGCUCUCAAGACACGCUGGGCAAUUUACCGCAGCUUGCACGCCAUGAAACUCGUAGAAGUGAUCGCCGGCUUAAUUCUUUGUCGCAGACAUGGUCGCGCAUCUUGCCUGGUCCCCUUGAUCCUCUACGAACCGAGGCGGAUAUGGCAUCUGAAGGCAUCGACUACUCGUUCAAGGAUGUUUCGUUUAGUGUCAAGGAUAAAGUGCUGCUAGAACCACUAGAUGGUUCCUUCCGCGGCGGAGAAGUGGUGGCUAUAAUGGGUCCCAGUGGAACAGGACCUUCGGGCUGCACCUAUCGUAUUGUAUAUAUCCGCUGUCGAUGCAAACAAGGUGGUAAGACAACCCUGCUGACUAUGUUGGCGGCUAAGAAGACCCAGGGAUACACGGGAGAGUUCCUCAUCAACGGUCACCCGCGAGACACAUCCUUGUUCCCAAAAUACACAGCCUAUGUGCCGCAGUCUGACUUACUCGAGGGCCAAAUCACGGUGCGCGAAUGCUUCAGGUUUUACAUUAAAAUGAAGACGAGGUUGUCACCACAGGGUGUGGAGGACAGGAUCGACUGGUUGGCCAAGAAUCUGCAGCUGGAAAGCGUUUUGGACUCUCUCAUUGGGGACGACCAAACACGCGGGAUCAGUGGUGGCCAGAAACGCCGAGUGAGCAUAGGCAAAGGCCUAAUCUCCAACCCUAUGAUCAUAUUCCUGGAUGAGCCCACUAGUGGCUUGUCGGCUACCGAUGCGCACACAGUUGUAGGGUGUCUGCGCAAUAUCGCUAACCAGGAGAAGACGCUGAUCAUGUGUGUCAUACACCAACCGAGAUACAGUGUGUUCCAGAUGUUCGAUGAGCUGGUGUUACUGAGUACCGGUGGUAAAAUGGCUUUUAACGGGCCAGUGAGGAAUUUAGGGAUGUACUUCGAUAGGCUGGGAUACAUGGUACCUCCAAACGAGAAUGCGGCAGACUACUACCUCGAUAUAGUCACCCGAGGCAUCUCAUCGGAGAAUGAUGAGAAUGUGAGUAAUAUCGUCGCGUCGUACAAUGAACACAUUAAAGGUCGCACACGGGCAAAGGUCGACCGAGUGAAGGUAGGGACGAAUGCGGCGGAACUGAUUACGCAGCUGGGAGCCACCGGAACUGUCAGUGAUAUAAACAGCCGGUACAACCGUGGAUGGUACUUCCAGUGGAAGACUAUUAUCAGACAGGCAACUACCCUUCGCAUGAGGAAUUGGCCUGAUAUCGUUCGACGGCUAGUGACUUUCUGUGUAGCGGGCGCUUUGCUUGGCCUGAUUUUCCUUCGGGGGACCUACUUCAUCGCCGGUGAAGCGCUGCGCUAUCUGGCUGGUAUUUUCACCAUAAUGGCGUUUGCAGGGAUCUUUACGCUUGACCAACUGCCUAUGCUUAUCGAACCCAAACGAGCGAUCUAUAAAAGUGAUCGUGCCGAUGCCUUCUAUAGCACGGGAGCUUACUUCUGGGGCAUUUCGGUCCCCAUGUUGGUGGAAGGGUUUAUCCUGAGUGCACUUCUGGCCACGAUACAGUUUUGGAUGGUGGGAUACUCGAGCGAUAUCGGGGUGUGGAUCUACUUCACAUUCAUCGUCAUUCUGAUGUGGUGGGUGACUGAAGGACUCAUGUUCUUACUCGCCGGCGUGUGUGCGAAUACAGCACAGGCGAACGGCUUGACUGUCGCAGUCCUCGCGGCGUUCCUGGUGUUCUGUGGCUUUCUUGUGAAUACAGGUGCAUCGCCAGACUAUUUGAAUUGGGCGUGUUACCUGAGUUACUUCUGGUACGGUUGGCAGGCCUUGUGCUACACCGUGUUUAAGGAUUGGACUUUACCCGCCGAUGCAGACCUUAGUGAGGAGUUCUUCCAAACCAACCAGGAAGUUUUUGAUACGUUUGGGAUCGAUGCCAGCCUGCACUACUGGUCCAUCGUGAUCAUUUUGGGGUGGGGCAUGUUGUUCCGUGGCCUAGCCAUUCUCAGUUAUAGAUAUCUUAAUGCACCUAGUCUUUAAAUUUUUAGGGCUAGCAGACAGGGCUCACCGCAAAAUUAGUAAGCAUGUGCGUGCUAUGCACAAACAGUACAAAUACUACCACAAGUUUGGUAUUCAGCACUAGUAAUAAUUCAGUACGUGGAGUAUACGAACAAAAUACAUUUAAUAUUGUAAAAUUUAGAUAUCACGUAGUAAAGUCAAUUGAGAUGCACAAAUAAAGUACAAAUAAUAUAGCAGAGUUGGUAAUCAG